ACUGACCCUGCUCAGAACCAUUGGCACGUCACUCAUUAAUACGUUCACCCGGCCGGUCUGUCAACCGCACAAUUCCGACAACCCUCUCUUUAAAUCCUUCACCCAUCAGAGUCUCACCGCCUAAAUCAUCUUACCCGUCAGCGUUGUCACUCACGCUCCCAAUCACCCACACCUGCCUGUGCGUCGAUCGCUCGUUAACCCCCUUGACCCUUCCCUUACCCCCCAACCCGCCCUAACCAUGACCUUCGCCGUGCGCUUCGCCUUGACCCUGAUCUUCACCCUGACCCUGCUCCAUGAUCCCGCCGCGGGGUUCUACCCGAACCAGGCCUCCCUGGGCACGUAUCGCGCCAACCACACGGACGAGUCCGUGACGGAGACCGGGGCACUGAGAGCCGUGGCGAAGUUCCUCGAGGGCAAAGCGGGGCUCGCGCCGGGUGCCUUGGAGGGUCUCUCGCCGCUCACGCCGACCACGCUCAUCCAGGCGUACUACCAAGGUAACGUGUCGGCGGUGAGGUUCAUCAAGGCUCUGCAGGAGGUGGUGGACGGGAACAACUUAAUGGAACAGUCCUAUUCCGACAUCACCCCCUACUUCGCUUACUGCGAGAAAUUGGCAGACACAAGAGGGGAGUUGGGCAAGUUCCGCAAAAUUGCCAUGAACUAUGCGAACAUGAGCAGUCCAGCCCUGGCGAGGAAGAACCUGGGUCAAAUGCUGCACAUUCUCAACAAGUUCUACUCCAACACCAACUGGAUCGAGCAGGGCAACCUGAUCCCCCUGGAGGCCCUGGUGAACAAGGACCUGCCAUUUCCAGCAACUGCAUCCUCAACCUUGGCCACUUGCACAGACUGCACGACCACGAGUGACCCCAACGUGUACGAAUGUCUGAACAACAUCAUCCUGGCUUCACCGCUCACUAGUGGAUACAGGCCUGGCAGAGCAUGCAGAACUAAACCUGCAACUGGCAAGUGCAGUCACGGCGGGAUAAACGAUGCGUGGCAGAACCAGACUGCGACGGGCGGCAUCAACAAGGAGACUCUGGAGCCGGAGCUCUCUCCGCACCACUACUAUCAUGACGAAGCGGGGCAGGUGGCCAUGAUCGCCACGCGAGACGUCCUCGUCAACUCUGCGAGUAGCGUGCUGGAGGAGCUGGGUGAAAAGGUCUUCAUGCAGCUGUUCAAUCUGGAGCGGCACUCGCUCGUCUACGUGGUGGACGUCACGGGCAGCAUGAGCAACGACAUCGCUUUGGUGCGCGACAAGACCAAGGAGAUGGUGCUGAAAGUGGCCAACAAAACGGAGGCCCCCGAGACAUAUGUGCUCGUCACCUUCAGUGACCCCGAUGUUUACGAACCAUUGAUCACCAAGGACUGGACAGAGAUGUACCAGGCACUGGACUUGCUGCAAGUUGGUGGUGGCGGAGACUGCCCUGAGAUGGCGCUCACAGCCCUAGAGCUUGCGUUGCAGAUCUCGCAGCCCGGGUCGGAUAUUUACCUGUUCACGGAUGCGGGAGCAAAGGACGAGGAGGAGAAGAAGGAUGCAGUGAUGGCGCUGUUUGAGAGCACGGAUUCACGGCUGCAUGUGUUCAACACGGGGUCCUACUGUACACGCGCAACACAGGGAGAACUCUCUUCACGCGCCAGCGAGCCACGUCAGAACAUAUACGAGACCCUCACAGCGCUGUCGGGUGGCCAGUAUAUCCUGACGACCAAGGGCGAGCUGGCCGGCGUGCUGGGCAGCUUGGAGCUGAGCCUUAACGCGGCGCCCGUCUCCGUGCGUUACGUGGAGGUCACGACCCCGGACUCCGUGACCUUCCCCGUGGACUCGUCGCUGUCUGAAAUCGCCGUGUCCGUGAGCGGCCCGGCCAUCUUCACUGUGGAGCUGUUUCUUCCCUCAGGUGAUCUGGCCACCGACGUGGAGGAGCUUGUGUCCUCCAGCCAGAACGUCGUGCGCAGGGUGACCUCGGUGACCCCAGGCACCUGGACGGUCAAAGUCACGGGGUCGCCGGGGCCUUACCUGGUGAAGGUGACCGGGCGGAGCCUGGUCGACUUCACUGCUCAGCUGCUGCAGCGGACGAACGGGUUCAUGCUGCCGAUUCCAGGGCGCCCCGUCACGGGUGAGCCGUAUCAGCUGUGGGUGAAGCCGAUGGGCAGCGUGGCUGGUUACUCCAUGUCCAGUGUCCGUCUGCUCUCCGGCAUGGGCAACCUCGAGUACCUGGUCUCACCCACCGAAUCCGAGUUCGGGGUCCCCUUGCAAUUCAUUGACUCCAUGGCGUUCAUGGUGGAGGUGUGCGGCUCAUCUCCGGAGGGCCUCCAGUUCUGCCGCAUGCACACGCAGCUCACGACCGUGCAAAGCUUCCGUCUCGCCCAGCUCAACUUCGAGGAAGCCACGCUGCAGCCCGGUGUGGAGGUGUCCCUCUCUGUGGUCCUGGAGAACCGCGGCGUUGCGGCGUCAUCCUUCUCAGUGUCAGCGCGUGACGAGCUGGGCUGGGCGAGUGCCGUGAGCCCCAGCAGCGCCGUGCUGGCACCGGGGGAGACCGCCAAACUCAACGUGACCGUGGCGGCGCCGCAGAGCAUCACCGAGUUCACCAGCAGCAUGCUGCGCGUCACUGCCGAGAGUGUGGAAUCUCCGGACUCCUCCUACACCCUCAGCUUCCCCCUGAGCGUCUUCAUCGCGCCAGUGGAGAUCCCGGACACGUCCCCCCCUGCGGUGCGAGAGCUGGCGCGGGAUGUAUCGGCGUGCACGGCGGAGGUGCAGCACGGGGGUGAGGCACUGUGCUCGGGGAGCAGCUGGAGCGUGGACGUCGAAGCCAUCGACGCCGAGACGGAGGAACCCCUCACAGUGAACAUCGCUCUUGGGGACAGAAAGGCGCUGCUAACCGUGGGCAGCAUCGACGGAGUCUACAAGAUUAAUUAUAGGUCCCCGUGCUGCAGCCCAUGGGUGACGCUGGACGUGAGUGAUUUCACGGGGAACCUGGGGCGCUACUCUCUCGACUUCGCCGAGCCGAUGCCGACACAGGACACCACAACGGAAGGCGGCAGGACGGUGAUGGUGAUCGCCUUGUCGGUGGUGAGCGUGGUGCUGGUCGUCAUACUCAUCGCGCUGGGAGUGGUCAUCGGACGAUACUGCUGCCGCUCCAAGCGGGCGGUGCAGCAGGAUGCUACGCCCAGCAUCAUCACCAACCCCUGGGCCAAGCCCAUGCAGCGCCCUGAUAUGAAAUAGCAACAUCCAGCACAAUCUACACACACUGCAAUCUACACCCAGCACACUCAGCCUACAUCGAGCAAACCCCCCCCUUUCCUGGCGAGUUAUUUUGCUCCUGUCUCCCAUGCUCUGAAAUCGCCGUGAUUUUGAAUAAAGGAUUUGAGAACUUG